AUCGUGUUUUUAUGUAUCGAAAAUAUUUGCUGAACAACAUUUUCCGAAUCCAACAUGGCUGCGCCCAUGAAAGUGUAAAAUUUCACAUUUUCUCAAAUUUUCUCUUAAAUUUGCCUUAUUUCAACCGUAAUCAGCAAAAUGUCGGCGAAUGUUAGGAACAUGGCUGUUGAGUCAAUUGGAAAGGUGCUGUUGGAUGAGAAAAGACCACUGAAAGAACGAUUUAGAGCACUUUUUACCCUGAAAAACUUGGGAGGCCAUGUUGCCAUUCAGCAAAUCGGAAGGUGUUUCUGUGAUCCGUCAGAACUACUGAAGCAUGAGUGUGCCUUUUGUCUGGGCCAGAUGCAAGACACUGCUGCAAUGCCCAUUUUAAUCAAAUUGUUGAAAGACAGAAACAAUGAAUGUAUUGUUAGACAUGAAGCAGGAGAAGCUUUGGGUGCUAUUGGAAACAAAGAUGCUCUAAACAUGUUGGAAGAAUUCAGCAGAGACCCAGUUGUAGAGGUGGCUGAAACUUGCCAGUUGGCAGUUGGGAGAAUCAGAUGGCUCCACAGUCGAGACAGGUUCAAUGAGGUAUUGCCUGAUAAUCCCUACAUGUCGGUUGACCCAGCACCACCAUGCGAAGAAAGGGACGUGGACAGAUUGAAGAAAACUCUGCUUAAUGAAAACCUGUUCAUAUUCGAGAGAUACAGAGCUUUGUUUUCUCUGAGGAACCAAGGUGGAAAGGAUGCUGUUAGAGCUCUAGCUGAAGGUCUGAACUGCAAGAGCGCAUUGUUUCGACAUGAGAUUGCGUACGUCUUGGGACAGAUGCAGGACCCCAUCGCAGUCCCGUUCCUUACUGAAAAUCUUUCGAAGCUGACGGAGCACCCGAUGGUACGACACGAAUGUGCGGAAGCCAUUGGAGGUAUCGGUACGAAAGAAGGCUUGGAGACGCUGCAGAAAUUUCUGAACGACGAGCAGAGGGUGGUACGAGAAAGUUGCGAAGUCGCACUCGAUAUGUCCGAGUACCAGUUAAGUGACGAGUUUCAAUACGCUGACGGACUUUGCAAAUAUACGGCGGAGGAGGACAAGCUUUUGGCAUCGAACCUGAACUCAUUAUAACAUUGGUCAGAUUUGUUCCCGAUAUGGACAUGGUAGUACACCACACCCCGAUCAACCAAGUUGUCUAACAUGUGCUUCUGUGAUCUGUCUUAAAGUGUAGAAAAGUGGCUUGCUGACUUUUUGUUUUCAUGUUUAGCCAUUUAAUCUCGUAAUGUGUUGGUUUGGGUCGUGAGACCCGGUUUAAAAAUCGCACUAGUGUUGCAUAUACAGAAUUAGUCCAUGCUGCGGUGUGUUUUCCAUGGGCAUGAUGGGGGCCCACAACACUUGUAUAUAGUGUAAGCAGAAGCGACAUUGUCUGGAUAAUUAUCCUCGGACAGAGUGACACUAAUCUUUAUUGGAAAGCCUCUGAAUCCUAUCCUCCAGUCAUGUUGCUUUUGUAUAUUUGACAACUUCAGAAUAUUACACUGCAUUUAUAUAGUUAACCAAUUGUACCAAAUCCCCCACCCCGUUUUUAGCUCAUCUCUGUUGAGUCUGUAUGAUAGUGCACAGUGUCUGUCAUUGGUUAGCACAGCAAAUUGUGUACAUCAGGGGUAUUGACGUUGUCCUGAAAUUUUGAUGUUAUCUUACUAACCGCUUGGUUACUCGGGCUGUCUUAUCUUCAUAACACAAUCAUGUUUACUCAUUAUUUAAGCAUUACCAUAUCUUGUGACACCCUGUAUGCUAGUGUACAUUGUACAGUGCGACUUGCUUCUAAUAUAUGUCCUGUCACCGUCCUGUGUCUUUUAGCUGUGACGGCUGACUUCUUGUUCUGAUUCACUAUAACUGUUUUGUAGAAAUCUCUUGGUUCGUAGGCAGUUGAGCCUGGUUGCUCAAAAGGCAACAUCAUAAUUUUUAUCAUCAAGGCAGGUUAUUGUCGUGAUGGACUUCUGGACGUCAUCUAUAAAUAAUUAUUGCUGGCCUUGAAUGGUUUGCAGGCCAACCAUUGUCUUUGUUUUCUUCCUCUCUGUUUUGAUUCUUUUUGUUUCUUAGUUUAUAAACUUGGCUGCUUUCGUCAUGGGUUCGUAAGAAAAGCAAUUUCAUUCAAGUUCUGUCAUUAGAUUAUUAAAGCUGAACUGUCACCCAUGCACCUACCUAAAUAUUCUAAUGGUUUUGGACAGGUGAGGGGCUUAGAGCCAGAGUGGGCUAACCCACAUUUGAUAAUUUUUGAGAAAUUGAUGUGAAAGUUUGUUGAUUUAUUACCAAAUGCCCAACUGGGUUAGACCUUCCUGUCGUGUUUAAAGGUAUCCAGACCUGUUGCAUAUCGGGUAUAACCCAUCAUUUGCCAAAUGAGGGUUAGCCCACUCUGGCUGUAAGCACUUCAAGUGCAUUUUUGAACCUUUGUAAUUGAAAUCCUGUAUCUAAUCAGUGACUUUUGAGUCUCCACAUAUUUAUGCGCAUUGGGGCUUCUCUUAUUUAUGAAUCUAUGCAUUUACAGCAUGGAGCAGUGUAUACUGCUCUUAGUAGCAAAUUUCAGUGCAACUUGAAGUGUAACCGUACUAGAUAUCAUCAGGUGUGUUGACAAAAAGGAAAAUUUUAUUGAGAGAUUAGCCUCAACUUGAAUAUUAUGAGCUCCAUAAACAAUAUUGUAGGAGGAAACCAGAGACCCCGGCUGUAUAAUAGAUGACUUUUCAGCUCUAACAAACUAUCAGCAAUAACCACAUUAUUAUUGUACUAUAUCUGUAGAUGUGUCAGCAGUGUAAAUGGCUCUUAUUGUAAUAAAUAUUGAAUUA